GGCUCGGGUGCGGGCGCGGCUGGGGCUCCGGUAUCAGGGUGUGUCUGGUGACUACUCCAGGAAACAUGGCCAAGUUUGCCCUGAAUCAGAACAUGUCUGACCCGGGUGGCCCUCGCCUGUGCCCCGGCCCGAUUGGGGGCGCCCGCAGCCCGAGCUCACCCUACACGGUGGAGACGCCCUAUGGCUUCCACUUGGACCUGGACUUCCUUAAAUACGUGGAGGAGCUGGAGCGAGGCCCCGUCGCCCGUCGCGCGCAGGGAGCCCAGCCGGCACGCUAUCCCCGCGCGCCCCGUGUCGGCCUUGCGGGCGCGCGUAGCCCUGGCGCCUGGACAUCUACCGAGUCCCUGGUCAGUGAUGACGGGGGAGCGUCGGGCUCACUUUCCCCAGCUGCGCCCUCGUGGCUCCUGCCGCCUCCGCUGUCGCCUCGCGCACCUGUGCGCAACCCGCACGUCCAGGACACACUCCUGGAGACUAGGCGGCGGCUGGAGCUGGCGCAGGCUCAGGCGCAGGCGCGCGAGCGCAGCCCGAGCAGCUCGGGCCGCAGCAGCCCGGUCCCGGGCUCCGCCCCCCAUCCCGCCCCUGCCUCACCGGGCCCCGCGCAACUGCAGCUCGUGCGUGAGCAGAUGGCCGUGGCGCUGCGGCGUCUGCGCGAGCUCGAGGACCAGGCACGCGCGCUGCCCGAGCUGCAGGAGCAGGUGCGUGUGCUGCGAGCGGAGAAGGCGCGGCUGCUGGCUUUGCGCCGGCAGCAGGAGCCCGAUGUAGAGGUCGAGGCGCGCCCGGACAAGCUCGCACAGCUGCGCCGCCUCACCGAACGCCUGGCCACCUCCGAGCGCGGCUUUCGCGCCAGGGCGAGCCCCCGGGUGGACGGCCCCGACGGGAAAGCUCCGAGGUGCAGCGAGGACGCACUCCAGGCCCUCGACGGGGCGGCGGGGAGCCCCGAUAGGGCGCCCCAGACGCAAGAUCCUGGAACCCAGGCCGUGCUGGGGACCCAAGACGCGGGAGCCCAGGCAGUGCCGGAGACCCGGGAGGCCAGCGUGGAGGCAGCCCCUGAGACCCUUGAGGCGGACUCGUGGGUGACCGAGGCGUUGCUGGGGCUGCCCGAGGCCGCCGAGCGCGAGCUGGAGCUGCUGCGCACCAGCCUGGAGCACCAGUGCGGGGUGAGCGAGCUUCUGCGGAGCCGGCUGCGAGAGCUGCAGGAGGCCCGCGAGGCUGCGGAGGAGGCAGCAGCGGCCGGGUCUCAGCCGCGGGAAGCUGCCACCCAGACCCCAUGGGGUUGUGUUGAGACGGCCACGCAGACCGAGCCUCCCAUAGAGGCUCCUUCUCUGAUGCAGAACCCGCCCGUACUCACGGACGGGGACAGGACCAUGGCGCCCACCGGCACCCUCAAAUCCAUCAUGAAGAAGAGAGACGGUACCCCUGGCGCCCAACCCAGCCCUGGACCCAAAAGCCUGCAGUUUGUUGGGGUCCCCAACGGAGAGUAUGAGAGCUCAUCCAGCGAGGAAGACAGUGACAGCGAGGAUGGCGCUGAUGAGCCCCCGAAGAGAAACUCCUUUGGCUCCGGGGAUGACAGCAGCCAGGGAUCCGACUCCGGCAUCCCCGGCCCUCCCAGCAGUGCGGUCGCUCGGGACCCUGAGCUGGACUCGGAGGCAGAGUCUCAGCCGGGUGCGCAGGGGAGGUGUGAACUGAGCCCGCGGUUGAAGGAGGCAUGCCUUGCGCUGCAGCGACAGCUGAGCCAGGCCCGUGGAGUCGCCCGCGAUGGCGGCGCGGCACGCCUGGUGGCCAUGGAGUGGUUUCGAGUGUCCAGCCAGCGACGUUCGCAGGCGGAGUCCGUAGCCCAGGUGCUGGGCGCCCUGGCGCGCCUGGGACCAGAGCUGCUGGCGCACGUGGUGAACCUGGCUGACGGGAACGGGAACACAGCCCUGCACUACAGCGUUUCCCAUGGGAACCUGGCCAUUUCCAGCUUGCUGCUGGAUACUGGGGUCUGCAAGGUUGACUGCCAGAAUCGAGCAGGCUACUCGGCCCUCAUGUUGGCCGCACUCACCUCCGUGGGGCAAGAGGAGAUGGCUGUGGUCCAGAGACUCUUCCGCAUGGGCGAUGUCAAUGCCAAGGCCAGCCAGACAGGGCAGACAGCCCUCAUGCUGGCCAUCAGCCACGGCCAACAGGACAUGGUGGCAGCCCUGCUGGCAUGUGGGGCAGACGUCAACAUGCAAGAUGUGGACGGGGCCACGGCGCUGAUGUGUGCCAGUGAGUACGGACACCUGGAAACCGUCCGGUUGCUGCUGGCACAGCCAGGCUGCGACCCCGCUCUCCUGGAUAACGAGGGCACCAGUGCCCUGGCCAUGGCUCUGGAGGCUGAACAGGAUGAGGUGGCUGCUCUGCUGCACGCUCAUCUGAGCCCGGGCCAGCCUGGUCCCCCGUCACCCCCCGACUCCCCCACGGCCAUGCCUGGUGUAAGAGGAAGCACGGACGGUGGAGAAGACCCCCCGACUCAGUGAGUGGCCCGGCACAGUGGACCUGGAUAGGGAGGGGUGAAGAAGGGGCCAGGGUCUGCUGCCCACCCAUGCA